AUGAGUAGGAGACAGUUGGAUUAUCAGAUCUACAUGGCUCAAUUCAAGGCUGAAGAGAAGGAAGUCAAGGAAACAAAGGAUUCGGAUAGGAAACAUCCGCAAGUUACGAUGAGUAUCUAUCCGCAUUGGUUCCCCCGCCCGGAAACACAGACGGCGGUUGGAAUCUUGGAAUAGUCUCUCUAAACAAUCUGCUUUUCAUUUCAGGACAUCCGAGUCAAGAGCAGUAUUCCGAAGGAGGAAAUCAUCCAAGAAUAUCUUGAGUCAACGAGAAAGACAGCAGGAAAAGUGUGA